CAUCGGUUGCAUGGACCCUACGGCUUACCCCACCAAGAUUCUUCCCACCCCACAUGUUCGCACGCCGCUAGCUAUGAACGAUGGAGAUCCGGAUCCAAACCAAGUCCUUCUCACCAUCAACAGGCCGAAGCUAUCAUGAUGACUGGCGAAGUUGGUUCCUCGAUACCGGAGGAUACGCCGCAUGCGGUCAGCGUGUCGUUGCCCACAUGGAAGGCGAAUGUCGCGUAUGAAGAAGGAGAGGCGUGGGUAUUCGAUAAGAUGCAGACUGGAUACCCCAGGUUCUUCAUCCACAAGAGCAUCCAGAAGCUCUCAUCGUCGAUCCUCGCGAGCCACGGACGUCCCGGAGAGGACUGUAUGCUCUUUCCCUCCGCCCAUAUUGCCCACCGCUGCAACCGCUUCUUGAAGCAGCACACCGCGACGCUAACGCCGCCGUCGGUCCGCAUCGUCGAGUUCACGCCCCGAGUCACCGGCGCUACCCGCACGACGAUCAUCUCCGGCCUCUCGGCAGUGUUCUUCCCCGCGCCGGAUUUCAAGGUCGCGAAGCAGUUCUGGCAGCACUCGGGCGACGGCGUGUCAUCGCGCCGCGCGGAGUUCUGUCAGCAGGAACUGGAGGAGGGUGUGUUGGUUGAGAAGGGACUUCCAGAUGAGCUCUCGCAACGUCCAGCGAAGGGGCCGAAGAGAUACUCAAAGGUUGCGGCGGAUAAAGGUGCUGGUGGGAGGAUCUCGCCAACGGAAGAUACGUCCCGGUUCGUCGAGGAGAGGUUUGGCAGGAACUUGGGGGUGGAGUUUGUGGCGAAUGCAAAGUUGGCGGUUAGGAGAAGGAUUGCCGGAACCUUGAGGAGCAAUGUUGCGCUGAGCGAUGCGAUUGCACUAUCGAGGGAGGGUGGUAGAGAUGUCGAUGGGUUCACGGAGGAGGAUGUGUACCUCUUCCCUACGGGUAUGAGUGCCAUCUUCAACUCUCACCAGCUGUUGAUGGAGACAAUCGAGCCGAGGAAGAGCGUUUGCUACGGUUUCCCGUACAUAGACACCCUCAAGAUCCUCCAAAAGUUCGGUCCGGGUUGUCACUUCUACGGCCACGGCUCCUCGGAAGACCUCGACGAUCUCGAAAGCAAACUCCAAUCCGGUGAGCGGGUGCUGGCGCUAUUCUGCGAGUUCCCGGGAAACCCCCUCCUCAUGUCCCCGGACCUCCAGCGAAUCCGAAAGCUCGCCGACACCUACGAUUUCGCCGUGGUGAUCGACGAGACCGUCGGCAACCCGCUCAAUGUACAUGUCCUGCCGUUUGCGGAUAUCGUUGCCAGUAGCUUGACUAAGGUGUUCAGUGGGGAUAGCAAUGUUAUGGGCGGAAGCCUGGUCCUUAACCCCAAAGGUCCCUACUACGCACGACUGAAGAAAUCCCUCGACGCCACGUACGAAGACAACUUCUGGGGCGAAGACGCGCUCUUCCUCGAGCGCAACAGCCGGGACUUUGUGUCCCGCAUCGAGCGAAUCAACAUCAACGCCGAAGCCGUGAGCACUUUGCUGGUCAACCACCCCAAGAUCAAACGCGUCUACUACCCGAAAUUCUCUCCCACGCGGUCAUUCUACGACGCCUGCCGCUGCCCCGACGGCGGCUACGGCGGCCUGCUGAGCGUGACAUUCUUUUCGAUGGAGGAUGCCGUGCGCUUCUUUGACGUUAUCGAUACGGCGAAGGGUCCGAGUCUGGGCACUAAUUUUACGCUCACUUCGCCGUACACGAUCCUGGCUCACUAUGGUGAACUCGAAUGGGCUGCACAGUAUGGUGUCGAGGCGAAUCUCGUAAGGGUCUCCGUGGGACUCGAGGAUACGGAGGCCCUGGUGGGGAUCUUUGGGGGGGCGUUGGAGGCGUUGGUGGCGGUGGUGUAGGGAGUAGAGAGAGUAGAAGCGGAGAUGAGGGGGGCAGAUAGAUAUCUUGUGCAAAUAGACUUUGGAAUCAUCACUCGGGGUCUGGAUUGGAUAUGAUACCGGCAUGAAGACCAUGUGCUUCCGUGGAAUUAUAGAUGUCUACCC